AUGUCCAAUACUGUCUUAUCUUCAUGCUCUCCAUUCAAACUGGCCCUCGUUCAAAUUGGCGCAGGUGCUGACAAGUCCAAGAAUUUGAGCCAUGCUCGUGAAAAGAUCAUGGAAGCCUCCAAAAAUGGAGCACAAGUGGUUGUUUUGCCCGAAUGCUUCAACUCUCCUUAUGGCACCAACUUCUUCCCCGAUUACGCCGAGCCUUUGAAUGGAGGUGAAUCCACCACCAUGUUGUCGAAUGCUGCCAAGGAAGCCAACGUAUAUCUCAUUGGAGGCUCCAUCCCUGAAAAAGAGGAAUCCACUGGAAAAAUUUUCAACACAUUGACAGCUUACGAUCCCUCAGGCAAAAUGAUUGCCACACACCGUAAAGUUCAUUUAUUUGACAUUGACAUUCCCGGAGGCAUUACCUUCAAGGAGAGCGAUGUAUUAACUGGUGGAGAUUGGCUGACCCACGUAGAAACAAAGUAUGGCAAGCUGGGUGUUGGUAUCUGUUAUGACAUGCGAUUUCCCGAGAUGGCCACCAUCGCUGCUCGCAAGGGCUGUAUGGCCAUGAUCUAUCCUGGCGCAUUCAACAUGACCACAGGUCCCUUGCAUUGGGAGUUGCUGCAGCGUGCAAGAGCUGUCGAUAAUCAAAUGUAUGUUGCUGCUUGUGGACCAGCUCGUGAUGAGAGUGCCAAUUACGUUGCCUGGGGCCAUUCCACUAUUGUGGACCCCAAGGGUAAUGUUGUCUCUACAUGUGAAGAGAAGGAAACCAUCAUUUAUGCCGACAUUGACCCUGAAUUGAUCAAAACUACACGCGAAUAUAUCCCUCUCUAUCACCAACGUCGAUUUGACAUUUACGGCGAUGUAUCCGAAACAGUGCAAGAAAAUUCACAAGGGCAGGUUGUUAAAAAAUAA